GUGGGAGACCUGUACGCACGGGAGAGCGGCUUCAACGAGGUCGGGGAGUUGAACGAUGUCAUCGUCCUUUAUCCCCAGGUCGCCUUCAGCCUCGUGAAUCCCAUCAAUCCUCUUGGGUGCUGGGACAUCUAUGGGUACACUGGGCCGGAUUACGCUUGGAAGGAAGGCGUGCAGAUCCAGGCGAUCGAACGGAUGAUCGACCGAAUCGUCAGCGGGUCGUGAAGUCGCAGUGGGUUCAUUUUUCUUCUCGUUUGUUCGAUUCGGCAG